UACUCUUUCAAGUUAGUUUCGUUUCCCCUGAUUACAUUCUCCCCUGAGAAUGUGGAUGGAGUUCGUGACAGAAGUGUAAAAAAAAAGAAAAUGUAUUGCAUUGCAAAAUCAAUUCACAGUGCUGCCACCAAUGGUAUCUCCACUGAUCAACACGGGUUUUCACGAGCAUUUUGGGACUGAUUGCUAUCCAGUCUAGCUCAGCUGCCUGAGUGCCAGGACUGAAGGCCUGCAAAGUGUUGAUUUAAGGUAUUAUUGCAGAGCUGAAUCCACUCAAGCCCGUCUAUAAUUUCAGGAGCACUACUGAAGAGUUGUUGGACUAGACAUUUGCUUUUCAGUGACAGUUAAUGAACAAAUCCCAGGGCUGCUGGGCAUCUUCAUCUGGGAAGCAAAGAAGCAGGCAGGUAGUGCGUAAAAGGUCACAGUAAGCGAUGCAGGCAGAGGCAGGGCCUGGAGCUAACUUGAUGACCAAAGAAUCACAAGUAUUCCUUGGAGGAACACCCCCCCACACACAGUCAAAUGCAGUUUUUCCAGGAUCACUCCCAACACAGUCAAAAGAAGCUUUAACAAGACUGCAACCAACAGAGUCAAAAGGAGCUACUGCAGUACCACACCCUUGCAUGCAGAGUGCACCUCCAGAGUGGAAUGAGAUGCUUCAGGGAGACAUAGCAGCAGCCCAGGGGGCGGAGUCUGAGAAAUAUCAUCAAGAAAAGAUGAAACAGCAAGGGGGAAUCUCUGAUCUCGAAGAGCAACAGACUAAGAAUGCAGAACACACCUUGUACAACUACUAUGAGGAGAAAAUCCGUCCCUGUAUUGAUCUCAUUGACUCCCUGAGAGCGCUCGGAGUAGAAAAGGACCUGGCUUUGCCAGCAAUUGCAGUGAUUGGAGACCAGAGUUCUGGAAAAAGCUCGGUUCUAGAAGCCCUGUCCGGAGUCGCUCUUCCUAGAGGCAGUGGUAUUGUUACCAGAUGUCCCUUAGUGCUCAAACUGAAAAAACUGGCUCCUCAGCAGGAAUGGAAAGGGAAAAUUAGUUACCAGGAUAUAGAUGAAGAACUCCACGAUCCCUCAGUGGUGGAUAAGGAAAUAAGAAAAGCCCAGGAUGCAAUAGCUGGUGAAGGAGUGGGCAUUAGCCAGGAAUUAAUUUCCCUAGAAAUUAGCUCCCCGAAUGUUCCAGAUCUGACACUGAUUGAUCUUCCAGGGAUUGCUAGGGUGGCUGUAGGGAAUCAGCCACAAGACAUUGGCGAACAGAUCAAAAGGCUAAUUAAAAAAUUUAUUGAGAAGCAAGAGACUAUAAAUUUGGUAGUGGUGCCAAGUAAUGUGGAUAUUGCAACAACAGAGGCACUGAAAAUGGCUCAAGAGGUAGACCCUGAUGGGGAGAGAACUCUAGGGAUCCUAACAAAACCAGAUUUGGUGGACAGAGGAACUGAGUCGUCGGUUGUUGAUAUCGUACAAAACCUUGUCAUCCACCUAAGGAAGGGUUAUAUGAUUGUUAAAUGUCGUGGGCAGCAAGAUAUUCAUGACAAGCUCACCCUGGCCUCUGCAAUCCAGAAGGAGAGAGCUUUCUUUGAGCAGCAUGAACAUUUUAGAGUUCUUCUGGAUGAAAACAAGGCUACUAUCCCCAUUUUGGCAGAGAAACUUACAGCUGAGCUUGUGGAACACAUUAAUAAAUCUUUGCCUGCUUUAGAAGAGCAAAUAAACAUUCAACUCCAAAAAACAACUGAAGAGUUUCGCAAAUAUGGCAAAGGCACACCAAAAGCAGAAGGCGAGAAGUUGUUUUUCCUAAUAGAUAAAAUCAAACUGUUUAAUCAAGACAUUGCGGGUUCAGUGGCAGGAGAAGAAAAGUUGUUUGAAAAUGAAAUUAGACUGUUUACAAAAAUCCGCACAGAGUUUCAAAAAUGGGGGAAGAUACUUGAUGACAGCGCAUUGACUGUUAGAAAAACUAUACAACAUGAAGUGUGGAGAUUUGAAAAACAAUAUCGGGGAAGAGAGCUCCCAGGGUUUGUCAGUUACAAGGCAUUUGAGACCAUUGUAAGACAGCAAAUCAUGGCACUAGAAGAACCAGCUAUUGAGAUACUGAAGAAAGUAAUUGAACUUGUCCGAAAAUCUUUUACAGAAGUUGCCAAAGAUCAUUUUGAGGAUUUUCACAAUCUUAACAGAGCUGCUAAGGACAAAAUUGAAGACAUUAGAGACAAACAAGCAGAGAAAGCUGAAACAAUGAUCCGAGUCCAGUUUAAAAUGGAGCAGCUUGUAUACUGCCCGGACAAUGUUUACAGCCAAGACUUAAAAGUUAUCAGAGAAGAAACACCAAAGGAAGCAGCCAAUGGUCUGAACCCGGCCGCCUUGAGUUUCAAUUUUGGCACUGUUCCAAACCAGAACCACUCUGCCGUUAUGGAAAUGGGUUAUCACCUGGCAGCAUACUUCAGUAGUGCAGGUAAACGUCUCUCCAGCCAAAUUCCUCUGAUCAUGCAGUUCUACAUCCUUCAGGACUUUGGAGAUAAAUUACAGAAUUCAAUGCUGCAACUUUUACAGGAAAAAGAAAAAUUGAGCUUCUUUCUUCAGGAACGGAAAGAUGCUGCCGAUCAAAGGCAUUUUCUGAGUGGACGAAUUCAUCGUCUCACACAAGCUCGCCUUCGCUUAAUAAAAUCUGUGCUGUAGCCUCUCCGCUUUAAACAGUCUGUUUCAAAUGUCAGUUCUUGGUACUGGACAGAUCUAUAAUCAGAGCUUUGUAUAACUCUUUAAAAAUUGUGCAUCUGUCUACAGUAGUUACGUUUUUAAGGCCAAGUCAGAGAUUAGCUAAAUCACAUAAUUGCUUUAACCUCAUCAGUUAUGUGUCUCUCUCAUGUUCACCUGUGAACCAUUUUAUUUUGUUUUAGUUUAAUGUAUAGCAUUAAGACUUUCUUAUGCUUCCCCGUAAUUAUGUUGCUACUGCAAAACAUUCUGAAUGUGUUCAUUUUAACAAGUGAGGACACGAGCUCUCCGCUACAGAACAUGCAUCCUACAGUAGGCAAAUGAAUUAAACUAUUUUACACUUUU